AUGGCAAGCCCAGCGAAAAAGCGGAAGUUGAAUAACGACCCAAAACUAAAAGCCACGCCAGCGCGAACGCUUGAUCACUUUUUUGGGAAGAAGAACUCCGGCUCAUCAUCAAAGAUCGAUGAUUCUCCUGUUGUAGCUGCAGAGAAUUCUGAAGUCACUACCUCAUUGACGGACGAGCAGUUGGCAAGAAAAUUACAGGCAGAAUGGGACAGAGAAUCUUUUGGGGCAAGCACUGUGUGGAAUGGCGAUUCCAAGGAGAGAAGUGAUGGAAUCUCACCGAAAACACCAAACGAAGCAAUCGAUGAGACGCGAUUGUUAUCAAAGCAGGCGCGAAAGGACAUUCCGGAUUUGGAUGGCAUAGUCGCUACAGAUUCGGUAGCCAAACCAAAAACUAAAAAUACACUGACCUUACAAGCGGCUGGGACGGCCGAAGAUACACUUUCCUCUAGUAUACCCUUCGACCAAAGUCCCUUGACUUUCGAUCCUUCAAAAUAUGUCCAAGAGUUGCAAGGACAUUGGGCCGCGGACGGCGGCAACGCAUCUUACGCCCUUCUUACGAGAUGUUUUGUCCUUGUAAAUAGCACCCAAAGCCGUAUCAAGAUUGUAGACACACUUGUCAAUAUGCUGCGAGUCAUUAUUGAGGCAGAUCCAGACAGUCUUCUGCCUACGGUGUGGUUAGCGACCAACAGUAUAUCACCGCCAUACAUAUCGCUUGAACUCGGCCUCGGUGGUUCUGCAAUUUCUAAAGCCCUCAAGAAUGUAUGUGGACUGGACAGCAAAUCACUCAAAGCUUUGUACGACAAGGUUGGGGACGCUGGUGAUGUUGCCUUUGAGGCGAAGAAGAAACAGAGUUUCACGCUGCGGAAGCCCAAGCCUCUUACAAUCAAGGGCGUGUAUCAAUCUUUAGUAAAGAUUGCUAAUACUCAAGGCACUGGUAGCGGAGAAGUGAAGCAGAGAAUCGUCGAUCGACUCCUGCAAGAUGCCAGGGGUGCAGAAGAGAGUCGAUACGUAGUCCGCACAUUGUGCCAGCAUCUUCGUAUCGGUGCAGUAAAGACUACAAUGUUGAUUGCGCUAUCAAGGGCAUUUCUGCUGUCAAAGCCUCCUGGUGCAGACUUUCCAUUAAGAUCCCCUCAACAGCUCUCUACACUAAAGAAGGAAGCAUUGGCAGAGGUGUGGGCAAAACCAGAAGAAAUUGUCAAAGCGUGCUUUGCAAAGAGGCCCAAUUACAAUGAUCUGAUUCCUGUUCUGCUUGAAAUUGGCGUUUGUGAGGAGCUGCUCAUCAGAUGUGGAUUAGCAUUACAUAUUCCUCUGCGGCCAAUGUUGGGUAGCAUUACUCGAGAUUUAUCAGAAAUGCUCACUAAGCUUCAAGGCCGUGACUUUAGUUGUGAGUACAAAUACGAUGGUCAGCGUGCGCAAGUGCAUUGCGAUGACCAGGGCAAAGUGUCAAUAUUCUCACGUCACCUCGAACUCAUGACCGACAAGUACCCCGAUCUUGUCGAUCUGAUACCCAAGAUUCGUGGAGACGGUGUUUCAAGCUUCAUCAUGGAAGGCGAAGUGGUUGCUGUGGAUCAGGAAUCUGGCGAACUGAAAACAUUUCAGGCACUUUCCAAUAGGGCACGCAAAGAUGUAGCUAUUGGAAGUGUAAAGGUUUCCGUUUGCUUGUUUUCAUUCGAUCUGAUGUAUCUCAACGGAGAGUCACUGCUCAGCCGGCCUUUUCGAGAACGGCGAGAAUUAUUGAGAAGCCUGUUUACAGAAGUCCCGAACCGCUUCACCUGGGUCAAGAGCAUAGAUGCAACUUCACAAGAUUCCGAAACCGUUCUUGAGUUUUUCAAGAGCGCCACAGAUAUCAAAUGCGAAGGGAUUAUGGUCAAGAUUCUUGACAAUCUUCCAAAUCCUAAUUUGAUAGCAGAUGUAGAAGACACAGAGGCUGCGGACGCAAUAGAAAAGUCGGCAAGAUCGAAAACGAUAAAAAAGAACGCUCCAGAAAACGUACCAGAAAAGAAGACCCGGCGCAAGGCUCUUCUGGCAACCUACGAACCAGACAAACGUCUCGACUCUUGGCUUAAAGUCAAGAAGGACUACUCAACAACCUUCGAUACGUUAGAUCUGAUUCCUGUCGCUGCAUGGCACGGACAGGGACGAAAAUCCCAGUGGUGGUCUCCUAUCCUUCUUGCAGUACGCAAUGAAGACUCUGGAUCUCUCGAAGCGGUCUGCAAAUGCAUAUCCGGGUUCACGGACACGUUCUACAAAGCUAAUCGCGAAUUCUAUAAUCCGGGUAACGAGAACACAUUAGGCUCAAAACCAGGUUACGUCGAAUAUGAGGGAGGCAACCCGGAUGUAUGGUUUGAGCCAAAAGAGGUCUGGGAGAUGGCGUUUGCGGACAUUACGUUGAGUCCGGUAUACACGGCGGCUAUUGGAUUGGUUUCCGAGGAGAGGGGGUUGAGUCUGAGAUUUCCGAGAUUCUUGAAGAAGAGGGAAGAUAAGGGGAUUGAGGAAGCUAGUACGAAUGAGUUUCUAGCUGGCUUGUGGAGGAAGCAGGAGGAGAAGGCUCCAGCUGCUGGUGCGAAGGGUGAGAUUGAGGGAGGCGAGGAUGAUGAUGAUUAG